CUCUGAAAAAGGGCGAGCGAAACAGAGGAGUUCCCGUUAUCCACUCUCUCUCUCUAUAACCUAUCUAUCGCUUUCUCUCUCUAGAUUGUCGAGAUCUUUCUCCGAUUGAAUUAGGGUUUUUUCAAAUCUCUGUUCUGUGGAAUCAAUUCGACUCGAAAUGGUUUCUGAUUCCGUCGCAAACGCUUCGAUUCCUAUGUCGGCCUCGAAUGCCAAGGAUUUCGCCAAGAAAAAAAGGGCUAACAGGUCGGCGAAAUUGAAGCAGUGCAAGCUUGAUGCUCGUCGCGAGCAGUGGCUUUCUCAAGUUAAGAACAAGGGAGAGAAAGAGGAAUCUGACGGUCGUGGAAUUAGUGGUCGGCCGAUGCAUGCACGCAAUGAGAGCGACCGAUCAAUAGAGAAUUUGGAGAUAAAGCAGAGAGGUGAAGAGAAUGAUGGAUCGAUCCAUCAUUACAGUGAUUCAGAGUCGCCUUCGAACAGUCCCACCAGCCACAUCAGUAGUAUAUUGGGCAGUAACGAGUCCGGUACGAAUUUUACCGGAAGCAGCAGCAGUAGCACUAGUAGUAGUGGUGGGUGUUAUUCCGGAAGCAUAACUGAAGAAGAUGAAGGAGGAGAUGAUGGGUGCACGGAUGAUUGGGAGACUGUUGCCGAUGCUAUGGCUGCUACUGAUGACAAGCAGCAGGAGAAGCAUAACCCUAGUUCGGAACUGCCACCAGCGUGCGAAACAAAUGCCCAAUUGGAUUCUCUUCCUGGGUUGACCCAAAGGUCCACUUCAGGGAUUGAGAUAUCAAAGCCAAAGCCGGAGAGUGCGGAAAUGGUGCAGAGAGCUCCCAUGAAUGGACGGGCUUGGAGGCCUGAUGAUGCCUUUCGUCCCCAGAGUCUGCCCAAUUUAUCGAAGCAGCAUAGCUUCCCCAUGCAUUCAGACCGGCAUUGUGGUCGUGGAGGCUCUGCAUGGGGUAGUAAGAAUGUUGUACCUGCACCUUCGUCAUGUCCUAUAUGCUUCGAAGAUUUGGACUUCACAGACUCAAGUUUUCUCCCUUGUUCAUGCGGGUUCCAUCUGUGCCUGUUCUGCCACAAGAGGAUUAUCGAGGAGGAUGGGCGCUGUCCCGGAUGCCGGAAGCAAUAUGACUACAAUCCCAUUGAGGGGGAGGCAACUUUGGAUGGAGGGAGCUUGACAUUCCGGUUGGCUCGUUCUUGUAGUAUGAUCACAAGGUCUUAGGAGUAUGUUUUCCCUAAUAUAUAUGUUGGGUCUCUCCUUUUUUGGCAUGUCUAGCCUUUUUUGUUUUACCGUUAAGACUGUUUUCAUAGUGUAGAUGUGAGUGUAGGGAUGUGGUUCUGGGCACCCGGUAAUUAAGCUGGUUCUCUUAUCAGUUUGGUAGUAUCUGUGUGGUGCAUGUGCUGAUGUAGAUGACUCAUGUUGGCGUGUGAAUAGACGCGGUGGUAUAGAAAUUGAAUACAUCAUAUUUUGUUUCAGUAUUA